GUUAGAAAACUACCAUGACUUCUUUCAUAAUUCAUACGGUAAGAAAUGGUCAUCGUUUGCAAUGUGUCCUUAACGCGUUUGGAUCAAAAACAGCACUUCGUCACCAUGGACAAAAUCGACCAACACGUCUCCGUCUUGGCUCUGAAUUUCUUCAGGAUAUAAAGUUAUAGAGAGAGGGAUAUCACAGGGAUAUGGAGAAGCAGAGCACGCUGACUAUCACCAGUAAAAGUAAUUUUAUAGAUUUAAAGGUUACUAAACAAGCAAGACGUCUUUUAAUAUUUUCAAGUGAUUUACGAUAUAAAAUGUUUUGAUAAAGAGCACAAUGGUGAUAGAACCCUCGUGGGGUUUGAACCAACGUCCUUUCUCAUAUCAGCCCAGAUAUUUAACCAAUAAACUGCUGCACCCAGACACCGACUGUGAUGUUUAAGAAAAUCAACGCAGUUUUCCGUCCGAACCACCUUGGACCUCGCUUACGGGACCGGUUCAGGCCCGAUGAGGACUACCACAGCGCGUGCACCGUCAAACUGGUCCGGAGCACGUCGAUGCUCGUGGUGGGGGAGAGCAGUCACGCGCCGCAGGACUCCACGCUGAAGCGGAGCGUGAGCGCCGUGAGUGUUCAGACCAGCACGGCCCUGUACUACUACCAGAGCCGAGAAGACCAAGUUUGGCUCUACUCCCAGAACCAGAACUGCUUGGAGUACUUACAGGAACUGGUCGAGCUCAGGCGGCAGUACACCAAGAGCAUCAGCGACCUCAAGAACAGCGAGCGCAAAGAGACCGCGUCCCGCAAGAAGAAGCCCGCACCCCGGCCCCCGCAAAACAGAGCUGCACAGACUUCAAGGCCUGGACCUUCUGCUCCACCUAUCCCAAAUGAGGAAGACACACUCCAGUUCUUUGAUGCAGUCAUUGCAAGCUGUGACCCAGAGCCAAGUCGAAAACCACAUGUGGAAAAUGGACAUGCAGAUGUAGACUUCAUAGUGGCAACCAGUACCAGUGAGCAUGACCUUCACUCUAACUGGGUGCUUCGGGAUCCUCAUCGAAUCUCCAUGACGGAGUCGCAGCCCAAGAAUUCAGAAAUCAGUCACAGGCAGGUAGCCCAGCAGAAGGGGGUCAUGGGAAGCACAGGCAGCAGGAGAUGUCUGCAACGAAACCCAAUCCACCUGCCAAAAGUGGUGGAGAGUGCCUUUCAGACUCUACGUUUCAAACCCAAGCUCAAGAAGAAAGACUAGCUGCUUAAGCGGUUCCGCUUGUUGUGCCCAGAGGACAACUAAAACUUCACAGCUGUGCAAUCAAGAAGUUGGAUCUGGAAGAAAGAAUAAGGAAU